GGACGGGGCUGCCCGGCGCAGGCGGGCUCCGGCGGGAUGGGGCCGAGUUGGACCUGGAGCUGGAGCUGGAGCUGGACCUGGGCCUGGGGCGGGAGCUGCGCCGCGGCGGCCGGAGGAUGCGCAGAAUGAGUCCUUCUCCCAAAGAGCCUGGGGUGCUGCUCCGCUCUCUCUGCACCAGCCUCUCUACCUGAUCUGCCUCGCCCAUUGCCACCAGCUUCCUCCCGAAGGGGCCACCUGUGCCCCAGCACACCAAGCAGGACCACCAUGCUGAUCAAGGAGUAUCGCAUCUGCAUGCCACUCACCACUGAGGAGUAUCGUGUGGGCCAGCUGUACACCAUCAGUAAGCACAGCCACCAGGAGAGCGAGAAAGGAGAGGGCGUGGAGGUGGUGAAGAAUGAGCCUCACGAAGACCCUGUGCAUGGCCCUGGGCAGUUCACUGAGAAGCGUGUGCACCUUUCCAGCAAACUGCCCAGCUGGGCCCGCGCUGUGACUCCCCGCAUAUUCUACAUCACGGAGAAGGCCUGGAACUACUAUCCCUACACCAUUACAGAGUACACGUGCUCUUUCCUGCCUAAGUUCUCCAUUUACAUAGAGACCAAGUAUGAGGAUAACUGCGGAGACAGCGAGAAUAUCUUCCACAGCGAUAAAAUCCUGGGAGACCAUGAAGUUUCAUUCCUGGAUAUUGCCUUCGAUGAGAUUCCCGAGCGCUACUACCGGUCCCUGGAGGACCCACGAUACUUCAGUUCAGUGAAGACAGGCCGCGGGCCCUUGCGAGAAGGCUGGCGGGAGCACACCAAGCCCGUCAUGUGCUCCUACAAACUGGUCACCGUCAAGUUUGAGGUGUGGGGGCUGCAGACACGAGUGGAGCAAUUUGUUCACAAGGUGAUCCGGGACAUCCUGUUGAUAGGACACCGACAGGCAUUCGCCUGGGUAGACGAGUGGUGCGGAAUGACAAUGGAGGAGGUGCGCAAGUAUGAGAGAGAAACCCAGGAAGCGACCAACGAGAUCAUUGGUGUGGUCACACCCUCCAUUUCCAUAAGUGAGGUGGGGCAAGCUCCGGUCACUCACAGCGCCCCAGCCAGUGCCCCUUCUACACCACUGAGUGAUGAUCCCCCAGACUUCCUCAGCGCUCCCAAGGACAGGCCCCGGAAGAAAUCUGCUCCGGAAACACUGACGCUGCCAGCCCUGCGGGAGCGCGCCAAUGCUGAGUAAUGGCCGCCCUACAGACAUGCUUGGUGGACAGAUGCUUGGCCCUCAUUCCCCACCCCUCAAAUCAGGGCACCCUACCCACUUUGCCUGCCUUGAGAAAUGUAAAGUCUACCGCUCCCCCAACAUCAUUCCUGUCCCUUGUCCCCAAUAAAAAAGACAGCAGAUCCUAUCCUGAGCCAGAUGGGAGAAGCCCCUUUGUGAGGUCCCAGAUUUCCCUGCCAUCACGUGGGCCUUGGGCUCCCCUCAACCUGCUACCCAGCCCCACUCUCUUCUCAUCAUUCCAGCACAUGCCCUGCUUUCCCUGCCAUUGGUUCGGGGAGGAGCUCCAGCAUGUUAGAGCCAUUCCUUGACCCAUCUGCAGACAGCUCUGUCCUGGCAGGUAACAUCCCUCAGAGCUGCUUUUGCUAGAGCCAGGUGGCAGCCAGUGCCAGCCCAGCCCUUCCCUGAAGGAACUUGGAAGCACCUUUCAGACUUGAUAAAAACUGGCAGGCAUUGACUGCUCCCCGUUCCCAUUGGCAGUGAGACCCACCAGGAUGUUUAACCUAUGUCCUUGCCACCUCCUGAGGAUUGCUGACUGUACCUCCGAGCUUCACAGUACCACAGCAACCCUGAGCCCACCAGCAUCCAGACUGUAACUCUGCAGCUGUGCCAAUGUCACCCGUGUCCCUCCAGCUUUGACAGGAGGGUAGAGCUGAGUUGUCAGGACUGCUUCUCCUGUUCCUGAUGUCAUGCUCCAGGCCACUGGUGAAGAGCCAGCAUCUCAACCAUCUCUACUCUGGAGACCUUUUCCACCUGUCACUAGCACUGGCUUGUCCAGCACUAGCAGUGUUGUAGUGUGGAAAAGGCUGUGACGCAGUCAGUUGAUCCUCUUCUAAGCAAGGGAUUGUAGGACUGGCGGGGCUGAUUUUAGUCAUGCUUAGGCUGUGGGAAACCUUUCCCUGCAGAGUGGAGUAUGGCAUUCUGGGUGUGAAUGAGAAGCCCACUUGGUAUGAAGCCACUGGUGACAAAACACCAUCACUGAGUUGCGGCUCUGGAUUAAUGCUUGUCAUAGUGGGACAGGCCUAGCCAUUGUCCCUAUAGACAAGCCCAAAAAGUACUGCUCGCCAUGUCUUGCCUCUGUCCUUCCCAGUUGAGCCUUUCCUGUGUCCAGAGUUGUGUUCUUGGUCUUGCCAAGGCCCUUUACUUUCACCAGUCCCCUCCAGAGUCCUACAGCAAGAAGGGGUGAAGAUCUGUCCAUCCCAACCCACCUAGCCUUCUGCCAAGCAGCCUUCUCCCCACUGGUGCCUUCAGGACAAGGGCCAUCCCCACGCCACUGCUCCAGCAAAGAUUUCUGGCAACUAUCUGGACCCAUGGCUGGACCUGCUUCGUCACCAGCUAUUCCCAUUGCCCUCCAGGCACCUGGACUUAGCCUCCAAACUGCCUCACACUCGCUCAGGUCCCUGAGAAAUGGGUCCCAUCAUAGCUGAGCCUGCGGGGUAUGUCAACCAUGGGUACUGAACAUGUGCAGACUCCAGCUCCAAGUGCAUCCAGCACAAACCAGCUGAGCCUUCACACUGGGUUUGGGCCUCAGAUACAAGCACACGUUGAAUUGCACUGAUUCCUAAACAGGAAUCCCCCAACCCACUGCCCUCUGCUUGGGCCUGAGCACAGGUCCCUUUGUUCAAGUAUUUUUUAACAGUCUUUGCUACAGUUUGUGUCCUGGACAAGCAGAAAUGGAACAGCCAGCCUCUCCUCCAAGAAACUACAUGCUGCUGAUGGAUCAACCAAAGGUCUACAUGGGAGGCAGCUCUGCCAGCUAAUCUGGAUGGGCCAAGCCCAGGUGAACCUGCUGUACUCCAUGACAUCCAGAAUGCUGUCCUCAUGGAACUUGGGGCUUGGGAGGGACCUCAGGGGUUAUCUGCUUCAACACCCUGCUCUGUACUUCCCACUGGGGGUUGAGGGUCACCAACACCAUACAUGGUGGAUCAUGCCUCUGCUGUGUGAUAUGAGCCACUGGAAGAGUAGCUUGGAGGCUGGUUGGGAUUCAGUGAUCCCUAUGAAGCAUUAGGUCAUGACAGGAAGAGGCUGGGUCUGGAGGAGCCCCCACAGGGUUGGCUGCUUCUCCUAACUUGUCAGAACCCCUAGGGUCUGCAAAAUGGGUCUGGAAGUCUAAUAGGAACAGGCUCUGACUAUUUUAUCACCUUUGCCUCUGGAGCCAGGAUGGCCAGAAGCCUUGUGAACAUGGGAGAAGAUUUAUUGAUUGUUUGUGGACCUUGGACAAGAUUGUGUUUAGGUCUGGGGAGAAGGUGUGGGGUAGUUUUUAAUUGGAUUCUAGUUUGGCCUCCUCUUCAACCCAGACUGUGCAAAGGGCCAAAGGAGUCAUGCAGAAAACCUGUUUGCUGUAAUGGAAAGGAAUGGUCCCACAAAUGACACUGGGGACUGGGUAUUUAAGAUGGGCCACAGCUGGAUUCUGAACCCCUUCAAAAGGGAAGGACUUGGCUUGGGAAUAAGGCAUCCACCCACACCCACGGGCUCUGAGUCAGUUCCACACUGGAAAGGAUGUUUCCUGUUCUAGUUUGGAUGUAGUCGAAAUCUCCCCAGAAAAGCCAUACGGCAAGAUUUUGCACCAUCACAUUUGCACUGAGGCCGAGCGUCUUGCUUUGGUCUAAGUCAGAGCCCAGCUCUAUACAGGUUGAGCCUGGUGUCCUCAGCCCAUCUCUUCUGAAGGGUAUUUUCCCUCGCCAAACAAAUUUUAAAGCCCCUUCUCACGUCCACUGAAUUGUAUGCCCCUUGCCCAAACUUUGUACAGAAUGGGCUAGAACCUGUCCCUAGGUUCCUUGUAGCCUGAGCCUUGUUCUCUGGGGCUCAGACCCUUGUGAGGGGCUUGGUCUCUGCCUCGCCUGGAGCAGAUGCGUCAAGCCAGUCCGGACUUCUCUGCGUUGUGUCUUUAAUUCUCACCCCUCAAGGGUUUCCCCUUCGUGCCCACCUCUUGGGCUGUGGAAAGCCUGUGUGAGGCUGUUGGUAUCAGCCUUGGGUAUAUGUGAGCUUGUGUUUUCCUCCUGCAGCCAGGCUGCUCUGGCUCUUGUCCCUGGACAUUUUGGUUCAUCUCAUGCAUGUGUCCAGGUCCCAAGGCCUUCCUGAUAUGCCCACCGUGGAGCUGUGCAGUAGCUGGUGAUGGCAGGGGCUGCAUAGGGAGGUUAGUUCUAGUACUGUGCAGGAAGGAUAGAGGCAAGUGCUGGAGCGAGGGGACAAUGCCAUGGUGCUUAGCCCUUUGCAGCAGGCACCUGAGGCUGAUGGUUCUGUCUCUGCAGAGCCCCUCAUCCCUCCCUCCCUCCCUCCUCCCUCCCUGCUUAGAGCACCAGCUCCUGGGCUUUGCUCUGUGGCCCCAUACCUGGAAGCAGGGAUUUGCUGAUGACCAAACCAAGCGUGAGCCAGGAGGGGCCAGAUGUCUGUGGGGUUGAAUGUAUCUUGCAUGAAUGUACCACAUGAUGUAGCAUUCCCUACCCCUUCCCCUGCCCCACCCAGCCUGUCUCCUCUCUAGCCUCCUGCAUCCUCAGGAGUCUCUUUAUUUCUCUCCUGCCCCAGGUCCCCAUCCCAGGAGGCAGCUGGUCACUGAGUUGGAGAGCCCUCAGGGCCCAGGCCCAGCUCCUGGAAGCUCCCUCCCAACAGACACUUGUGAAGAGAGACCACAAAGGAUUUUCCCUGCUCAGAGGCCAGGCCCCUGCUCCAGGUGUGAGCAUGGGACUUGUCCCCGCCACCCCUGCCUGUCAUAAGGCCCGUGGGCCCCGCCAUCUCCAGCAACACAGCCGGGGCCUAGGGGGAGCAGGCUUGCCCUGGAAAGUGCUAACAUCCCCUGGUGUCUGCUUCAGGCAAUGUGAAUCGUUCCUCGUGAGCCAGUUCCUCACUGAUUGCCCUUGCCACUUACCGCUCACUUGGAGGCCACUUGUGUUUGGAGGGGGCGAGGCAGUGGCUGGCUCAGGCCUUGGCUUUCUUUGUUACAACAAAGGCCUUUUGAGAAAUAAAGCAAAAGAAGCUGC